GCCGUAGGCUCCGCCCUCGUGGCUCACACUGGAGCUCUCCAGCACUUCAUCCUGAAUAGACGCUCACAUCAGCCAGCGGAGGAGAAAGAACGCCAGAGAGAAAAGCGAGCAGAUCCUGGAAAUGGAGAGCGACACCAAAAAUUCCUACGAGCACGCAUCCCCUGUGAUCAACGUGCAGCCGGAACCGGUCGCCCGUCUUCCCCAGCACAAGGAUUACCUGAUAUGGUCCAUCUGUAGCAUGAUCUGUUGCUUUUUUCCGAUUGGGAUCGCUGCCUUGAUCUUCUCAGUCAAGACACGAGACGCCAUCUACCUACAGAACGACACCGUUGCCGCCAAACAUUCCCGUACGACCUACCAGCUGAAUAUCGCCUCGUCGGUGAUCGGCAUCGUUAUGUACAUUGUUGUCUUUAUCCUUUACUUUGUGAUCGGAAUGCAAAUCUAUCAUAAAGGAAUGCAGUGAAGGAGAGACGGGAUGGG